AAAUUUCCUCAAUGGUCGCCUGCGAAUUCUUAACACAACCUCACCCAGGGGAACUGGGAGUGGCAAGCGGGGAAGACACGGGUUCUGUGACGAUCUUGGAUGAUUAGUUAGUCGUCUGUUAACGUGCUUGUACGCAGGAAAAAGGCUUUCCCCCAGUGGCCAGCAGGGAAUUGCCCUGGGGAGCUCUGCGGUAACCAGUUGUGCUCCUAGGACUGGAGCCUGCUCUGCUGCCGGGGGCGGGAUCCGGUCGCUCCCUCCGCCCCACAAAUCGCCGCCACCGCCUGGCUGCUCCCUAGUCCAGCAACUCAGACGAGGCCACAACCCGGUGGACUGUAGAGGCGGCAGUGAGCUAGAGCCCGCGUCGCAGCUAAGCGUCGCCUCGAGGCUGGGAGAGCCCUAGGGAGAGAGGACCUGGCCCAGGCAACGCCGGCAUCUCUGCGCGCGGCUGGGAUCAUGAUAUACUGAGAAAGGGACUCAAUCAAGAUAAAUCUGGGGAAAGCAGGAAACCAAAAAUUAUUGAGUCCACUUUGGUCAGAAAAGAUAGAGACAGGAUAUGCUCACCAGGGUGAAAGAGGCCAUUGGAAUUGGAAUUUGCUUCAACUGAUGGGAAAAAGUCCAACCAAGUCAGUGGGAAGACUCGUUAUUAGAAGGAAUAUUGAUGGCAACAAGAGGCAGUACUAACAACCAGGAGGUCGGAGUCCAUGAGGACCAGCAAGGUGCACCAGAUGGUGUCCCAGCAGAUGUUGCUAUGAGGACAGAUUCAUCAAAAAUGACUGAUGUGGAGUCUGUGGUCACCAAUUUUGCAUCUUCAGCGAGGACAGGCCGCCGCAAUGCCUUACCAGAUAUCCAGAGUUCAGCUGCCACUGGCGGAACCUCUGAUUUGCCCCUCAAACUGGAGGCCCUCUCCAUGAAAGAAGAUGAAAAAAAGAAAGAUGAAGAAACAACCAAAGACCAAUUGGAAAAUCCACCAAAUGAAGAAAAAUGAAGGCUGAUAACUAAGAGUGCUGAGUUUAUGCACUUUGAAAGACUUAGUGACUAUGAUUUCCUGAGAUGUUUGAUCUGGUGGUAACUGUGGUGACAUGUGUCAUUAGAUAAUUUUGUUGUGGCGCUAUUCAUCUGGAUUGCAACCAUGAUGUCCAAUGUAGGUUAUUAAAUGGUAGGUUACUUACAAAUUGCACCCAAGGGGAAAGUUAAAAAAGUAUGAGCACUUAAAUACAUAUCAUUGUCUGUAAACAAAACAAAAUUCACUGUCCUCUCAUAGAUUUAUUUAGCCAGAUAUAUGUUAAAUUCCAUUUUUAUGGGGAUAGAGAAGAGGUUUAUUGACAAGUACAAACCAAACACUAUUAUUUUAAAACUUUGUAGACUUUGUAGGAAAUUAUAUUUUGGGGAUAAGAAGGAAUAAUAGUAAAAAAUCACAUAGAUGGAGUAAGUUUAUUUUUAAUCAAAAUUGUACCAGAUUUUUCCCCACUUUAAAAAAUUUUUGAAAAUAUUGUAAAAGUUUAACAACAUAAGCAUUUCUAGGAUGUUUUUGUCUGAUAUUUUGCUUCUAUUCUGUGCACACUGUGAUUUUUCAUGUGAAUCCUUAGAAUGUAACAUUUGUGACAAAUUGUUUAUAUGGAAUAUGCCUAUUAAAUGACUUUCUCUUCUUUAACUAUGA